UAAAAUGGACGAAAAUGUUAAUCGCAAUACUAUACAAAAGCGUAAAUCCAGAGAAAAUGAAACACUUGGAAACUAUGAGAUAUGCCUUGCCAAACAGCGUGAGAGAUACCAUCAAAAAAAAGCAACAGAAACUACUGAACAGAGAGAUACGCGUGGAUACAUGACCGCUAAAACAGCCGCAGCAAAAGCUGCAGCAAGAUCAAGCCAUAAGAUAACAACAGCUGCAGCAGGACCAUAUAAGACCGCAGUAGGACUAAACUAUAAAACAACAGCCGCAGCAGGAUCAUAUAAGAAUGCAGUAGAACAGAGCUUAGCAGAAUCGACCUAA